CUUUUUCUUUUUCUUUUUCUUUUUGUCCAUUUCGUUAUGAUUUUUUCUCAACGUAAUAUCGAUUGUCGCGUCUGUUCGUAUCGAUUUUAGAGACACAAGCGGUAUUCAAAAACUUUUGAUUAAAUUCAGCACAAUAAUUAGUAAUCGAGCGAGCUGUAUGGCAAAUCGGCGUCCUCAAUCAGCUCUUGAAAGCGACUCGCGUGGAUUGAAGUUGCAGCCCAAGAUUGCACUGCUCAGUACAGGCGCCAAUUUCUUCCUCAGACGAUUCUCUUAAUCGCUGCUGGGUUGGAUCAGAGAAGUCAUUAAAGAAUGGGAGGCUGCUGCUGUUCGACCCGAAAAUCUCACUCGGAUGGAACUCCAGCAUACUACUAUUGCCCGCUGUCUAUGGAGGAGCGUGAGUCAUCCGAAAUUCAUGGUGGCUCAGCGUCCAUGCUCCUCGGUGCAGGACAUGAUUUGAACCUGGAUUUGUCGAUACCGAACACUUACCGAGCCCCUCCAACACCGCUCCCGUAUGAUGCAGCUUUGAAAUGUCCACAACCGAAAGAUCUCAACUCUUUUAAAGAAACAAAAUGUGGAUGCAGUUUUAAAACUUCAUCAGCAUUGAAAAUUGUUGGGGAACUGGAUUGUAAGUUCCAAGACAGCCCUUUGCUCGGAGGCCCUCCACGGAAACUCGAUCAUUCCAAGUCGAAAGGCAAUACUCCUACUCCGGUCACCGAAGAAGAGGAUGUCUGUCCCAUUUGUCUUGAAGAGUAUGGUUCUGAACAUCCAGAAAUUAUCACAAAAUGCAAGCAUCACUUUCACCUCGCUUGCCUUCUCGAGUGGACCGAAAGAAGCAAUGCCUGUCCUAUCUGCGACAAGGAGACGAUAUUUGAGCUACCUUGAGUCUGCAGAAAUGAGAAACUUCACUAGUCCUUAAAAUUCAAGCUUGAGCUCAGUUCAUCACUGCGUUCAAUUACAGGUCCAUUUUCAAAACCAUGGCUGUAUAGAUAAGUUGAUUGCUUCAUAGCUGCAAAUUCGAGAUAUAAAUUGUCGUAGGCAGUCGAUUCGAUACAUCGGCCGAGGAAGAAAUAAUGGUCUGGUUCCUCAUGUUGUUGGAUGUUCAUGCAUAUUCAUUCUUUUUUUCAAUAUUUGAUCAUCAAUUCUGAUGGAACUCUUGUAAGAUUCAUACAUGUCUUUCUCAUUUAUCUCUAGCUUUAUGAUCUCUCCAA